AUUACCAUAGAGAGCCCUUAGUUUGCGUCUCUGCUGUGCACCUUCAACGAGCAACGCGUAUAAUUGCUGCAGACUUGUUUAGAUUUGGCGUUGUUUUAAGGCACUUGUUCGGUCAGUUACUGUGAGCUACAAGAGCUUGUGAUCCUGAAACGACAGUGUGGUGCUAAAUUGGCACUGAGCUUGAGAGACACAAAAUGCCAACUAUAAAACUGCAGAGUUCAGAUGGAGAGAUUUUUGAAGUCGAUGUUGAAAUUGCAAAGCAGUCUGUGACAAUCAAGACAAUGCUGGAAGACUUGGGAAUGGACGAUGAAGGAGAUGAUGACCCCGUUCCUCUUCCAAAUGUUAAUGCAGCUAUUCUUAAAAAGGUUAUUCAGUGGUGCACUCAUCACAAAGAUGACCCCCCUCCUCCUGAAGAUGAUGAAAACAAAGAGAAAAGAACUGACGACAUCCCUGUAUGGGAUCAAGAAUUCCUCAAAGUAGACCAAGGAACACUCUUUGAGCUCAUUCUGGCAGCAAACUAUUUGGAUAUCAAAGGCCUCUUAGAUGUCACAUGUAAAACUGUUGCAAAUAUGAUUAAAGGUAAAACUCCAGAAGAAAUCCGAAAGACCUUUAAUAUCAAAAAUGACUUCACUGAGGAAGAAGAAGCACAGGUACGUAAAGAGAAUCAGUGGUGUGAAGAAAAAUGAGUUUGACCUUCUGACACUAAUCCACACUGUAAGGAUUGUUCCAAAUAUUGGUUGCACUGCGCUGUUCAUAAUUGUUAAUAUUAUUAUUACCUUAAACUAUGGCAGCAAUUUUUUGUGCAUUCACAGCAUGUUAAUUCUUCUUGCUUGUUUUGAAGAUAAUUUAAAUGCUAGUUUUUUUUUUUUUUGUU